CACACCUCUGACAAGUAAGGCCGUGAGCAUGAAAACAAAUCACCUACUGAAAGUGUGGAGGACGGUAUUUCUGCAGGGGAGGGCAGGUGCUGCUACCUUAGCCCAGGUCAGAACCGAUCUAGAGAAAGAGCUGGAAGGGAUCAAAGAGGCCGGGACCUGGAAAGGGGAGAGAAUCAUUACCUCCAAACAGGGACCAAGUAUUCAUGUGAAAGGAACCACAAAAGACAUUCUUAACUUUUGUGCUAACAACUACCUGGGACUUUCAAGUCACCCUGAAGUUAUUGAGGCUGGAAAGAAAGCUUUGGACACACAUGGAGCAGGACUGAGUUCUGUCCGAUUUAUCUGCGGCACCAUUGAUCUGCAUAAAGAAUUGGAAGAGAAGAUUGCCAAGUUCCAUGGAAAGGAAGAUUCUAUUUUGUAUGCCAGCUGCUUUGAUGCCAACGCUGGCCUGUUUGAGGUUCUACUGGGGCCAGAGGAUGCCGUGAUAUCAGACGAACUUAACCACGCCUCCAUCAUUGAUGGGAUUAGACUGUGUAAAGUGAAGAGACAUCGUUACCAGCACAGAAAUAUGGCAGAUCUAGAAGACCAGUUAAUUGCUGCUAAAGACUGCAAGAAGAAGCUAAUAGCUACAGAUGGGGUGUUCAGCAUGGACGGAAAUGUAGCUCCACUGCCAGAUAUAUGUAACCUGGCUGAUAAAUACAAUGCCAUGGUUUUUAUUGAUGAAUGUCAUGGGACUGGAUUUUUUGGACCAACUGGAAGAGGUACUGAUGAACAUUUUGGGGUCAGUGAUAGAAUAGACAUCGUUAAUUCUACCCUGGGCAAGGCUCUAGGGGGAGCUGCUGGUGGUUACACUGCUGGUCCUAAGGAACUUACUUCAUUGUUACGUCAGAGGUCACGACCUUAUUUGUUCUCCAAUGCCCUUCCUCCGCCAGUCGUUGCUUGUGCCAGUAAGGCCAUUGAUUUGAUCACCAGUAAUACCGACCUUCCCCAGCAGGUGCUACGUAACACAAAGCGAUUCCGCUCUCGUAUGUCAGAUGCAGGAUUCAAUCUCUCCGGCGAUCCUGAACAUCCCAUAUGUCCAGUGAUGCUAGGAGAUGCACGGCUUGCCAACAUAUUUGCUGAUGAAAUGCUAGAGAGGGGGAUCUAUGUGAUUGGAUUCAGCUACCCUGUGGUGCCGAAGGGUAAGGCUAGGAUUCGAGUACAGCUAUCAGCUGCCCACUCUGAGGCAGAAGUAGACCGUGCUGUUGAUGCAUUUAUAGAAAUAGGUCGUAAACUCAAGGUCAUUGCUUGAAGGUCACUACAAGAUCUACAGUUAUAUGUUUAUUUUGUUUUGUGUAUAUCAGCAAUUUGUUUAGAUUUUGGAUAAGAAUUUGUCUAUUUGUUUUGAAUAUACAUUUUAAAAGAAAAAAGGCUGAAAAGUAAGUCAAAUAUACACUGUCUCAAAAUCUCUGCAAAGAAUCUCAAACUUAAGUCAUGAACAAUUUUCAUACAUUUAUACUUUUAUUUUGAACCUUUCCCCCCAAGAAUCUCAUUUUACAUAGCUUCAUGUAAUAUAUACAUGUAUUUUUAAUCAUGUUAUACAUGUAAUACUAAAUUGAUUUAAUCGAAAUGUAUCAUUGAAUCUUUUUUGUUUAGAUUUAAAUAUUCAUUAAACUUUUUGAGAGAUAUUAAGCUUGUGAAAUUGGCAUUGUAUUGGUAUCGAACAUUCCACAUUUUUUCGUAUUUAUU